UCUCUCUUUCUACAGCAGAAGAAGAGGCCUGUUAGACAGUACUGUGAUGGAGGCCGGGGGUGUUAGGCGUUAAUCAUUAAUCAUUAUCGAUGGAAGGAAAGAUAAAGCUGAGAAAGUCAGCAGAUAUCAGUUUACAAAAACAAUGUUUUCAGGCCGUCAGAACACAUUUUACCGCGUUGGGAAUCGAAGCUGUUCUUGACCUCCCAGCGCCGCUGCUUAAGGAUCUACUGCCUCAUCUGACAGCAUGUCAACUGGAUGAAGUCCAGCCAGCCCUCAAUAAGAGAGGGUUAUCCACAUAUUCUGGAUGGGUUGAAAUCCUCCGGGACCUGAUUGGUCUGAGCCGUGCAUUGGACUUCAGGACAGAAGCGGAAGCUAAGCAUGAAGUCAUGUUGAGGCUUUUUACAAGUGUAUUCUACGGACUGAGCAGCAACUAUGUGUUAAAAAACAGCACAGAUUUAAAAUCCAAUUCAUUCUUGAGUUCUGCAGCCAAAAGUAUUCAUCAUUUUAUACUCAUUCCUUCUAUGCAUCAGGCUCUGCAAGCUUUAACUACCAAUCAGCAACCUCUUCUAGUGCUGUUAGAAAAGCAUAUAAGAAGUAUUCAUGUCAGUCACUUAUUGUUAACAGUGAGGAAAACACAAGCUGUGCUGUACGUCCUGCAUCGCCUGCUGGACCAUGGGAUCACUACAAACCUCGUUGUUGGUAUAGAUUCUGCCCUGGACCUUGCAUGGCUCCUGCAUGGACGUGGGUCACAGUACGUCGACAUGGAGCUGAAAAAACUGUUUUCCUUCCCUCAUGUUUUACAAACGUCACCAGCCAGCUCCAGUCUAGAUGUUGAAUCCACAGCUUCAGGCAAGAGUGAUGAUGUCAUUCCCUGCAAACGAGUCAAGUUAUCUUCCGAGUCUGUGGAGAAGGAGGAGGACCCAUGUGGUGUACCGAACUUUACUUUGGACCCUCAGGUUCUCUGUCAUACUUUCAGUCCUUGUGAUGGUCGUUCAGCAGGAGCAUGCACAUUUGGACAGAUUACCCAUUUGGAGAUCAGAACCUGUGGUCCUGAUUCUCUCAAGGUCCUGGGUUUUUCCUUGCCUACAUUUUUCUGCCUUCAGUCUUUAAGUCUUCACAGCAAAUCCAUCUUCAGGGAGUUGGACGUGUUGGAGUUUGCUGGAGCGCUGCAGCAGCUUUCUGACAGCGGCUGCAGCAGCCUCGUCCAUCUCAGCAUUGGGCUCCUGCCUCAUGUUGGACUCAUGAAGACCCUACUGAAUGCAAGGCCCAGACUGACGUCCCUAUGUGUCGAGUUUCAGACAGCAAUAUGGGGACCGCAAUUUAAUCUGGACCACGCGGGGACUGCUGAGCCCGACACAUCAGAACUUCCUCUGGAGAAGUUAACCAUGAAAAUAAUCCAGCUCCAAACAGAUCUACACUUUUUGACUUCAGUGCUUAGACGGAGCCCACAUCUCUCCUCUCUUCACAUAGCAGGGAUGAGACUACCCACUGGCUGCAGUCAGAGCCAGCUCCUCAACACGCUCUCAGAAUUCAAUCACAGUUUAAAGGCUCUGACGUUUGAGGAUAUAAAAUUGUGUGACUGUCUGCCUGACAUCCUGAAACUGCUGAGGGGCUGCAUGUUGGAAGAGCUAAGCUUCAACGACUGUCGUCUUCUGGAGAUGUGCAUCAACCCAGAAAAAAGUCUUGUAGAGCUGGUGGCUGCGUUGAAGAUGCCUUCACUUCACUCUCUGAGUCUGGCACAGAAUCGGCUCGCUAAUAAUGUGUGUGUGCUGGCAGAACUGUUCUCAGGCCAGUCACAGAGCUCACUGAAGCAACUAGACAUCAGGUCCAAUUUCAUUCAGCCUGCUGAUCUGCUGGAGUUUGCUAAGAGACUGAUGAUUCAUCCCCCUCCACACAGACUGACCCUUGACCUGAGGAAGAACCCAGGAGACAGAGACCCUGAGACAUGGAACUCAGCACUGAAGAGGCUUCAACCCUCCAGCUUUUUACUGGUUGAGGGAUGGAAAUCCACAGACACAAUGGUGGACCACAUCAGCAAUAUGUAAAAGAAAAUCUGGAGGAUGAAAUGUUGACAACAAAGUGAUUAAUUAUGUAGCAAUGUAAAACUGAUGCCAACCCAUUUCCAUGAUCUAAAGCUUUGGAUGGCUCUGACCUGAAACUAUACACACAAAAUGGAAACACCUUGUGGAAAUUCUUUGAAAUUAGUUUGAUUUGUCUUUGACAGCAGAGAGACUAGUAGUGUAACCUGUCCCUCGUUUACCAUGGGAGAGGGGAACCAGUUCCCCUGUGAACCCAAAGUAGCCAUAAACAGCGGAUGAUUUUCUAUCAUUUCAUUUGUUUUCUUGCAUCCAAAUGCUGAAGGAGGAAAAAAGAUGAUUCCAUGUCAGUUUGUCGUUUGAAUGUUUAUUAAACAUUACACCUCCA